AUGCCUAUACAGCUAAGAGAUGCACCCGUUGUUGGACUGAUUGAUCAACAAACAAAUACAUGGGAUCCACAUAUCCUAUCAGAUAUAUUUAUCCCAGAAGAUGUGAGCAGAAUAUUGAAGAUCCCUGUCAGCCCAGAUUAUGAGGACUCAUGGUAUUGGCUGGGUGACCCUAGGGGUGUGUAUUCAGUAAAGAAUGCCUACAGGAAACUGGUAGGUGAUUAUGCAUAUGCCCCAGGUGCUUUUGAUAAAUGGGCAACUAUAUGGAAGUUAAGGGUUCCACCCAAGUGGAAAACUGGUUUGUGGAGGGCAAUUUGUGAUAUCCUCCCUACUACGAAUAAUUUGAUUUUAAAGAGGGUAGAAGUAGAACCAACAUGCAAUAUGUGUGGAUUGGCUCAUGAGAAUAUUAUGCAUGCAUUAAUUCUUUGCAAUUAUUCUAGACUUGUAUGGGAUGUUACAUGCUUACCCAUUAUGAAUGUUGUAACGGAUUCUUUUCCCUCAUGGAUUAUGGGUGUGUUGACAGUUUUAACGGAAGAGCAGUUUUGUUUGGUUUUGGCCGUGCUAUAUCAUCUUUGGAAGACCCGGAAUACGGUGGUAUGGGAACAUUCGCUCCUGCACCCAACAACCGUGCGACGGCAUGCCGUGGCAGCUUUGCAUGCCUACGGUCAAAGCCAUCCGACAGCCCCCGGCCGGAAUCUUACGGCGACACCACCCACACCGUCACAUGCACGCCCACGUUGCUUCAUCGACGCCAGUUUCAAGCCAAUGACUGGCGAAGCCACAUACAGAGCAGUAUUAUUAGCAGCGGACGGAACAUUCAUUGCAGCAACAAAUGGCAGUUUGCCAGUUUGUUUUUCACCACUUAUGGCGGAGGCCGCAGCUUGUAAGGAAGCUUUGUCUUGGUUAAGGGAGAGGAAUGUUAUGAUGGUUGAUCUUCUCACAGAUUGUUCGGAGUUGCGCAGCAUUUUACACCACACCUCGUCGGCUAUAUUAUCCUAUGCUGGAGUCAUGAUAGACCGUUGUAGGCUAUCUAUGGCUUUAUUUACUUAUUGUUCUAUCAGUUUUAUUUCUAGAUAG